AUGAAUGCUGGUGAGAGUCAGACUACUGAGUUCAGGACCGGGGCAUGCACAGGGCCAGACGUCUGGGCUGAUAUGAGGGAGCUGAGGAGGGUGAUGCAGGAGAUGACUGGUGACCUGAACCAACAGAAGGUGGAGCUGCAGGACAGCAAAAGAGAAGUGGAACAGCUGAAGCAGCUCAAUGCAGCAAUGGAGGAAAGACUAAAUGUGGAGAUAGCGGACAUCAAAGCCAAACAUAAUGCUGCCGAAUUGAGACUUACGUCUACAGAGCAAGACAUAGGAAGUCUGAAAACAAAUAUCUCAGGUACACCUAAAGUGGCAUUCUCUGCCUUUCUGACUGAUGCUGAGUAUGUCGGACCAUUCAACACCGACAUUAUACUUGCUUAUAAGAAGAUCUUCACCAACAUUGGCAAUGCCUAUUCACCAAUUACAGGUAUCUUCACGGCCCCAGUGAGAGGAGUAUACUACUUUAGGUUCACCGGCGUUGGGAAGUCCAGCUCUCACAGCUUAGUUCUGAAGUUGACAAAGAAUGGAGAAAAAGUCAUGGCCAUGUACGAGUAUCCAAGCGACAAUGAAUAUGUCAACAACGGGGUGGUACUGCAGCUGGAGGUGGGCGAUGUCAUCUACAUGCAGCUUCUUUCAAGUUCUCAGGUAAUUGCCUAG